GCAACUCAUGCAGUCAGGAAAAAUUGCAGGCGAUGCUUGCAAAAUGCCAAAGCCCGUUGGACGACGUGACAAGAGUGAUCACCAAGUUCCCUGACGGUAAGAAGCGCUGCGGGUACAAAAUCUUGAACAUCUUCCCCGAACCCCACACUUAUGACGACGAGAGCCUCGUGGCCUUGCAGGAGGAGAAGAAGAAGCUGCCUCCUUGCAGUAAAUACGAGACGGAAGUAUACGUCAUGAAUUGUGCGGGGAACGUCAUAGAAGAACCUGUUAUAGAAAGGGAAGUCACCGAGCCUGGAGCUCCACAGGCUGUUUCGGAGGUCAACGUGAAGGCCGAAUACGAUGAGAUUGCCCUCUCGUUAACUUCAACAUUUCCUACGAACGCUUCGACCUGA